AUGUUUAAAGCCUAUAUACCUGACGCAGAGAGAACCCCCGUCUGGGAAAAUAUUGGCGAGGUUCUUCCCUCACAGGUGGAUUGGAGAGUGUUGCGAAAUGAUACCGACGGCCGGGGUGGAGUUUCUCUUCCGGAGGUUCCUGUUGACAGCUUGAGCAGUUUACUAGCUAUUCUACAGGCACCUAUAGGAAUAAAUCCCAAUGAGUAUAAAAUACUCCUGUUCAGUGCUGUGCAGAAUUGCAACAAGCCACUCAUCGAGGUACUUCUCGAUAUGUACGAGUACCCAGGGGGGCAUAGGGAAACAGUUGGCGGUCAAGAUUUAAUUCUUGAGGCCUUGUACACUGCAAUUCGCACCCGCAACUACGAUAUCGUAUCCGUGUUAAUCGAUCGGGGAUUUAAAUCCGGUGAGAUUAGUAAGGUUAGUCGCAGUGCGAAAGGCCAUCCCUUAGACUUCCCCAUUGAGAAGAGUGAUAAGGAGAGGGUGUCAUUGCUCCUAUCUGUAGGAGCAACCCCGGAUCCCAUCAACAUCCGGUCCUGCCUCAUCAGACAUACAAAAGACAAUGAUCUACUUAAUAUUCUGCUUCCGGACUGGACAGCCGAGGGUAAAACCAUCGAAACUAUACCCAUGAUACAACUUAUCAUGCGGCAUGGGGGUCUCUGUGCGUUGGAGACACUGUUCGAUAAGUGGAGUAGUACCACUGAAACCACCCUUUGCCCUGAAAAAUCAUCCGCUCCUGUAUGGUAUCAAGAUCACCGCACCAAGAUAGAGGCGCUGCUUUCUCGCGGGGUAACUCCUGGCCUCACCCUUAUUGAGAACUGCCUAACGAGAUGCAAAAAGAAUAAUACUCUACUUGAUAUUCUCCUUCCGGACUGGAUGACCGAGGGUAAGGCCAUCGAAACUAUACCUCUGAUACAUCUAGCCUUACAGUCUGGCAGGUUCUGCACAUUGGAACCAUUAUUAGACCAGUUCGGUAGUACCAGUGCAAGCAUGGCACACUUCUACAAACUAUCUGCUGGAAUUGGCCUCGAGCAGUACCGAUCACUACUAUGCGAGGCUGCUGCUUUGGGUAAAAGGUCAUCUCUCCGGAUACUUUUGGAUUAUUACAAGCACCUAGUAGGUCCUAUAAGCGCGUGUUACAUAACACCGCAUGGGCCUACCAGUGUUCCAGAAGAUAUACUGAUUGAGGCGUUGUACGAUGCGGUAUCGCGACCCACAGAUGGCUAUGUGAUCGUAAACUGCACCGCCGUUUAUGAUUGCAUAGCCCGGCGGGAGAAAGACAAUAAACUGCUGGGGAUCUUGAUUCCAGACUGGAUGAUGGAUGGUAAAGCCAUCGAAGGUAUACCACUCAUAGAUCUUGUUGCAGAGUUUGGGGAUGCCUGUAUGUUGGAGCCAUUAUUAGAUCAAUUUAAUGACACUAGCUCACUAUCGACCGUCACCGAAAUCCUGUUUGAUCUUGCGCAACGGUCCCUUCAACCCACAGGAUACGACAGAAUUACGACAGACCGGACAGGGUGGCUCAGUGUCCGUUACCCAACACAGUUAGCUCCCAGUAGAACGCAGCAGGGUCCAAUUGUUGAUACAUCGGACGAUUAUAAUUCCAAAUAUAUUUUGUGA